AUCCAGGCUCCAGGCUUUGCUGCCUUGUACCCAACAGCCAUUUAGCCCUCGGUGCUGUUUAUCUGUCUGUCGCCGUCCGUGCCCCUGUUGUCGGGGACAACGCGGAUCCGGAAUAUCUGGGAGUACUACGCGCAGUCAUGGAAUACCUGGUAUUAGGCGUUCUUUGGUCCAGGCCCGAGCAGUGACUCCGGAAUGCCGGAGAUCCCCGCUGUUCUGUUUUCUGCGGGAUGUGAGCGUGUGAUGGCUGCGGUCCAGUGAGCUGGGAGCACGUUGACUGGUCUCUGCCUGCUCGGUUUAGGAGCCUUGGCUGUUUUACUGGGAUUACUGGAACCUAUGGAGUGCACAUGAACCUUGGUCGGAUAGGGAUUCUAGACGGGGUAAGUGGACUCGAGGAACUCGGCCUUGUUUGCGAGUUUUGGAUUCAAUUUGUGAAACGCGGGCUCGCCUGCUGCUAUCCCUGGGUUAGCUCAGUAGGCUAGCUGCCGUCUUUGUCUGGAGAGACCGGGGAGCUAAGAGGCGUGGGUCCAUCAUCGGACACGUCCCCGUCUGACCUGUGGUUUUUGGUCGCCUGCAGAGACUGGUCGACCGCGUCCGCGCCGUUUAACCGAUUUAAAGCCCGUUGGCCGACGCGCUUCGUCGGUUCUGUGGCGCUGAUCUCGUGACGUGUAGUCGUGUUAGCCGUUACAUGUCCGUUUAAACGGGCGCUGGUUCGUUCAGUGUGUUUUUAGGACGUUUCGGCGUAUUUUAAUAUUCCCUGGCCGUUAUUUCCAUAAAUCCUCGGGGUCUCUUGUGGUGUAAUGUCUGGUAUUGUGUAAAAAGCAGAAAAGGUACACAAACAACCACAAAAGAAGAAUAGAACCCCUGUCCGAUAAUGGAUGUAUGCCGUUGACAGGAGGUUGGAGAGCGCCGCAUCGUUAAUUGUCCACACGACAUGUAGGACGUCGGGUCAGCAUCGGUAAAAGCCCCCUAUGAGCCGCGGUACUGGGGCGUUUAGCUCGGUGUUGACGUCUGUAGCCUCUCCCCUAAAUGUCACUGCGUCUGUCGUGGAGCUGAUCGCUUUUUCUCCGUUUAACUGUGGGUUCUUCAAAAUACUAGCAGGACGACUAAGCAGCGUAGCGUCCGAUAAUGGGUCUCGCUAGCCUUGUAGCGGGCCCCGCUGGGCCUCGGCGUAGCCACACAAGUUCCGCUCAGCAGUUACAUUUUCCUCGUUGUUGAUGUUUUGUUUCUUUGAAACAAAUGUUGUGCGUGUAAAGUAACUGCUCGACUUUAUUUGUGUGUGUUAGCUUGCGCUAAAGGGCAGCUAACGAGCUAGCCACAAGCAGCUAGCCUACCGUAGAUUGUGCUAACGGUAGCUAGGCUAGUUAGCUUCGAGGAACCGGUGCGUUCAAGGCAGAUUUCUGCUCCUGAGCGCUUAGUUAGUGUGUAACUCUCACUAGCAGCACUAGCACCUUCACUAAUCUCACCUAAACAGGCGAAGGCCUGGUGGUCAGGAUCCAGGCUAAUGGCAAUGCUAUCUAAUCACGUCCUGUAAGAUAGGCUUCGAAGUUGCCUUUAAUUUGUAAUUGGUACCACAACGUUUGAAAGUGGAGAAAAGAAGAUUCAGUUAAUAAACCAAUGCACUAUAAAUCUGACCUAAUAUAACGCUGCUGUGGUUGCAUAACGCUCAAUGAGGCACUGAAGGCCUCCAACGGUAGUAACUGGGACCAGAAGUUCCUUCAUGAAGUAAACCUGGUGGUGAUCCGGGAGCAGCUGUUUAGUGUGUCCUGCUCGCUGAGUAACCUGAAAACAAGCUGAUCAGUGCCUGCCAAGGUGGACAGUUCCCAGACGGUGGCUGCCGGUGUCUGAGUCUGAGAGGAGCUCGGGUACCAGCAGGACACGAUGUGGGGAGCAGGCAGGAGGCGCGGGGUCCAGCCUUGAGGAGGCGUCCUGCGGCUGGGAGGAGCGCGGCCCUCCUGUGGCCCUCCUGCGUCGCUCCGGGGCGCUCCCACUAAGAUGUCCCUCAGCAGCGGCCCUGCAGGCGGGAAAGGUGUGGACUCUAACGCGGUGGACACAUACGACAGUGGCGAUGAGUGGGAUAUCGGUGUUGGCAAUUUGAUCAUUGACUUGGAGGCCGACUUGGAGAAGGACAAACUAGAGAUGUCAAGCAGUAAAGAGGGAGGCGGCAUGGCUGCCCCUCCCAGCGCCACGGCUGCUUUACCGGAAAAUAUUAAGUUUGUUAGUCCAGUAGCUGCCGUGCAGAGCAAAGAAAGCAAAUCCAAAUCCAAACGUAGUAAAAACUCUAAGGACAGUGUAAAGGGCCCAGCUUUGGACGGAGCCAAAAAGGAGGUUCAGGGUCGGGCUCCUGGGGAACCGCCGCCCCACAACCCUAACUCAACCCCUUCAAAAGGAAGUGACAAGUCAAGUAAACCCUCCCGUAGCAUCCCUGCUGUGAAAAAGGACAAGGAUGGGGUGUCUGGGAAAACCAAGAAAGAUAAAAUGGAGGUUGGGGCCGGAGGAAUAGGGAACACUGAGAAAGAACCCGCGGCCCCUCGGGGUGGAACAUUUGACGGGCAACAAAAUCCUGAUUUGACUGCAGCCGAGCAUCUUGGGAAUUUGACAUUGGACUCAACAGGGAUUGGCCAGCCUGUUGCUAUGACGAUAGAGCAGGACGACGUGGAUGGCAGUGACUCACGGAACCUGAAGAAAGUUGUCGGUGGGGAGAAGAUGGAGUCCCCGGUCUCCACCCCAGCUCCUCCUCUCCACCUCCUCUCCAACAGCGACAUCUCGUCUCCGUGUGAGCAGAUCAUGGUGCGCACGCGUUCUGUAGCAGUCAACACGGCGGAUGCUUCGCUGGCAACCGAGCCCGAGUGCCUGGGACCCUGCGAGCCGGGUACCAGCGUCAACCUGGAGGGCAUCGUGUGGCAGGAGACCGAGGACGGCAUGCUGGUCGUCAACGUCACCUGGAGGAACAAGACGUAUGUAGGAACGUUGCUGGACUGCACGAGACAUGACUGGGCGCCACCAAGGUUCUGCGAGUCUCCAACCAGCGACGUAGAGAUGAGAAGCGGUCGUGGUCGAGGGAAGAGAAUGCGUCCAAGCGGCAACACGCCCAUCAACGACAACAGCAAUUCCUCUGACAACAAAGGCAGCGGCAGCAGCAAGACACGGGGAGCUGCUGCCAACAGUAAAGGCCGGCGAGGCAGCCAGACGGCCGGCGGCGUGGAGGACGUGAAGGCCAGCCCGUCCUCCGCCAAGAGGAAGACCAAGCCAGCCUCGGACAUGGAGCCCACCUCCAGCUCUGAGGACACCAAGGCUUCCAAACGCAUGAGAACCAACUCCACGGGCACUGCCACCCCCCUGCCCGGGGGUAAACCCGAGCCUCUGCCCCCACCACAGGUGGACCGGACCUGCCCCUCACCCAUACUCAUCGACUGUCCCCACCCCAACUGCAACAAGAAGUACAAGCACAUCAACGGCCUGAAGUAUCACCAGGCUCACGCCCACAAUGACGAGGACGUGCGACUGGACCAGGAUGGAGACAGUGAAUACGGGGACGACCCCACCUCACUUCCUGACCCCACAUCCUGCAACGGUGCCGCCAUCUCCCCCGCCCGCUCCACCACACCUAAAGGACGGGGCUUUGAUGCGCCCUCUCCUUCAUCAGGGAGGCUGACCUCCAAGGGGAGGAAGAAGGGUGGGGAUGCUGAGCCCGAGGUGACGGACGGUGGGGAGGAGGGGGGGUUGACUGAUGAUGCCAGCAACGAUGGGUUGGAUGACAGGAAGGCCAAGAAGACAGCGGCAGGGGGAAAAUCUGAUAAAGUGACUCAGAAGAGCUUAAAGCCAACCCGUCCUGGGCCCCCGUCUGCUCCAGGAGCCCCCUCACCAUACGCCCCCAUGCAAGCCUCCUCGCCUGCUUUGGGCUCAGUGGUACAGUCUGUACCUAAGAGCCCCCAGCUGAAGGGCAUCCAACCCAAACCGCCCCCCCCAGCUGAUCCAGCCUCCAGCCCUGUGGUCACCAAGGAUAAGAAAAAGAAAGACAAGAAGAGGAGGGAGGGAGGGAGAGAGGGGGACAGCCCAAAGGCCAUGGGUAAGGGGGGGAGACCAGAGGAGGCCACGUAUACUGAGGUGUCAGACGCUUUGCUCAAUGGGUCCACGGAAGCCCAACAGAGCCGGCUGGCCAGCAUUAAGGCGGAGGCCGACAAGGUUUACAGCUUCUCAGACAACGCCCCCAGCCCGUCCAUCGGCGUGGCCAGCAGGAUGGAGGCCGGCCUCGCGCCCCCCCUCCACCUCAACCAGAACGGAGCAGACAAUGCCUCCGUCAAAACCAGCAGCCCGGCCUACUCUGACAUAUCUGACGCAGGGGAGGACGGCGAGGGGAGGGAGGCGGCGAAGGUCAAAGCUGAGCCUGACCAGGGCCCUCGUGAAGCUGCCAAGAAGACGUUGUUUCCUCCACAGGCUCCGAGUAAGGAGUCGCCCUACUACCCCAUCUACGACGCCUACUACUCCCCCAGUUACCCCAACCCCAGCCCAGGGACUGUGCCAACAGCCCCUCCUCAUGUGGAGGCUGCUCAGGGGAAGGUUAAGAAGGAGGAGGAGCCGGAGGUACUGGAAGAAGGCAAAGUGAAGGUGGAGCCUCAGGAGGAGAGGAAGGUGGAGCCAGGGCCUCCGCAGCCAUCGGUCAUCCAGCAACGCUCCAAUAUGUACACCCAGCCUCUGUACUACAGCCAGUACUACGUCCCCCCGUACCCGUACCCGGCCGACCAGGCGUACCACGCCCACCUGCUGGCCUCUAAUCCUGCCUUACGGCAGCAGUACGAGGACAGGCAGCGGCAGGCUGAUAAGAAGGCCGAGGCCAAGGAGCGAGACAUGGGAGGGAAGGAGGAGUGGAAACAGAAAGCCUCUGUCCCCCCCAACCUGUCCAGAGCUCCCAGCCUCACAGACCUGCCCACCAAAGGAGGGCUGAACGCUGCCAAGGCCAAGGAGCCGCUGCCAGCAUCGGAGCAGACCAAGUCAGUCAUCAUGGCCAAGGGGGAGGACCCCAAGGCUGCAAACACUCAACCUGAGGGUCUGAAGAUGAAGCUGAGUGAAGCAGGACAUCACGUGAAGGAGGAGGCCAAAGCGAUGGAGCCCGGCCGGCCAGCCGGUUUGGAGCCCGCCGUGUGGUACAGACAGGAGGACUCGCGCUCGUGGCCAUACGUGUACCCCAGCAAGUACUCAGAACCGGCCAAACUGCAGGAGGACGACAGGUGGAAGGACGACAGGGAGCGAGACAGAGACCGAAAAGGGAAAGAGGAGAGAUUGCGGCCUAAAGACGGCCUCCAGAGAGACGAGGUGAAGGAGGGGGCGGAGGGCAGGACGCAGCCUUCAGAGGAGCACCGAGGGCCAGUGAAGGAGGCGCGGCCGACCCACAUGCAGUUCUCCUCUCCCCUGGCCCAGCACCAGGGCUACAUGCCCUACAUGCACGGGCCCUACGGCUACAGCCCUGGCUACGAAGCCAGCCACCCCGGCUACAGGGGCAUGCCGUCGGUCAUGAUGCAGAACUACCCUGGGUCGUACCUUUCCGCCAGUUACCCCUUCACCUAUGGAGGGAAGGUGGCGUCGGGGGAGGAGGGCGAGAAGGCCUCCAGGUCCAGUCCCACGGUGAAGCCUCCCAGCGAGGCCAAAGCUCUGGACCUGCUUCAGCAGCACGCCAGCCAGUACAAGAGCAAGUCCCCGUCCAUGCAGGACAGCAAGACGCCACACGAGCGGGAGCGAGACCGGGAACGGGAGAGGGAGGGCGACCGGCCGCGAUCCUCCCCCUCCCAGCGCAUCCUGCCCUCCCACCAUCACCUGGGCCCGUACCCGCUGCUGUCGGGACAGUACGACCUGUCCUACGCCUCAGGCCUCUCUUCAUCAGCCAUCGUUGCCAGCCAACAUGCGUCCGCCCCGUCCAUGUACCCCCCCCCACGGAGGUGAGACCGGCACACCUGACUGGCCGACCUCUGCCCAGCCUGGAGUCAUGUGACUGGAUCACCUGACGUUUCUGUUUCAUCAUCAGUCCAGUGGCGUUUGAACGUUUGAUUUCCCCGCCUGGGGCUCCAGCUGGCUGUCCUGCUGGACCGGGCUGACUGUCCUGCUGGGUCCAGACAGCACCACCAGUUCUCUGGGAGGAGGCAGCAGACUCAGGACACAAAUCACGCUGAGAUGCUGCUGUUGUUGUCUUUAAGGGGGGACGAUUCAAAUGGAGGGGACAGUCACAGCAGAGCCUUCAUUUCUGUGGCGUUUCACAGCCUGUCUCACAUUUCACCGGUUUUAUAUUUUCCAUUUCACCAAUGUCUUCUAACCCUCAGUCGUUGUGUGUGUAACCUCUGACCCCUCUGAACCAGAAUCAGCUGUCUGGAGCUUAACUGAAAAUAUAAAUGCUGUGGGCGGAGGAGGAUGGACCAGUAGGAGGGCAGAGUGUGAAUUGAAGCUGCAAUGGACUGACAGGAAGUGGGCAGCUCCUUCCCCUCAUCCUCCUCCUCCUCCUCAGAGUGUAGCUGUACUGUACUGUGUAUGUGUGUGUGCGCGUGUGUGUAAAUACUGUACAGAGGAAUUAUUUUAAAGAGCCUGUUGGAUGCUGUUGAAUUUCCUACUCUUUUUUUGUCUAGUAGCCUCUGCUUCUGUUUUUCUACUGUUGUUGAUCUGAUAUUAAACCUGUAGCUGGUGGAACGA